AUGAAGCGCAGGGUUACCUACGUCCAGCGUCCCGAAACCCCCUUCGAGCCACACCAGGCCUCCCUAAGCUCCUCCGCCGUAUCGAUCCGCGACCUGGACGCCGCGCGCGAGGACCGCAUUACCUUCGGCCUGGAGGAUCUCCCCGCGGAGCUUCGCGCAGUCCUCGAGCAGUCUCAUGAGCUCCGCGUCCGAUGGGCGACCGAGCGCUCUUUCGAUGCUAUUGCGCCCUUUGCGAGCAGGAUCUCGCCUGGUUUGCAUGUGCAUUAUACUCCGCUAGCAGCUGAGCAGUCAUCGGAGGCGCUAUGCUCGCUGCUGCGCACGGUAUUCGGGAAUCGCGAGGACGGACAGGCUGUGGUAGAUUGCACAACACCAGAGGACUCCUUCAUCACACCCCCACUCCUAUCCACCAGAUUCGCGGCCUCGGCCUCCCUCCAAUACUAUACGCAGCUUCCAAGUCUACAGUCGCUGGUCGCGUUUAUCCGACGUACGGUGUGUCCUCAGUGUCAGGUUGGCGGCACUGAGUGUCAUGAUCGUACCGAUUCGCUACUGACGGCCGAUACGGUCGAUGUUGACUACGAUAGUAUCUCGCACGCAUUGACUAUCUCCGGUGUCUGGGCUAGUUCGCCCAGUAGUGGAUGGACUGAGGAAAUUUCUAAACCUUCUUCCAAAUCAGAUCAAGUCGAGUUUGGUCUUCUGGGUGCAGAGCAGGGCAUUGAGCCCGAGGAGCUCAAGAUGGGAGGGUUGCUAGCCGUGGUGGGGGAAGACAAGAAGAUGAAACCAACAAUGUUCUCCUUCCCAUCUCGACACCAUCCUCUCCCCACCGACGCCACUUACUCCAUCUCCUUCAACAAACCAACCGGCCUCCACCCAACAAUGUCCAUCACCCUACAACGCCCCUCUCUCGAACGCCCACCGGCCCCCGAAGACGCAACCUGCGCCCUCCACACAUACCUCACGCUUCCAUCCUCCGUCUUCGGAGACCAGUACCAACUCGGCACGACAGACCCUCUCUUCCUCCAAUCACAUAACCUAGCUGCGCUCCACGCGCACGCCGGCGAGAUGGACCUCGAAGCACCAGACUGGGCUGUACAGCGCUUGGGCUCAACAUGGCUCUUCGAGCUAGCCACGCCAAACACACAUGACUUUGACAAGACAUCGAAUUGGACCGCGACUAUCCCGCUCCACCUGCGAUACCUUCCUCCCUCGGAAACGGGGUAUAGAACUGCGGAGGUACCGUGGCCCGUUGUUUUCUGGGCGUGUACAGCUGAUGAUGGAACGAAGAUGGGUGUAAAUCCCUUUGACCGUACGAAUCUGGGCUGGGAUGGGCUGUUUGGUCCGAAGACGAUGUUUUAUCAGCUUCAUCCUCAGUCUGGUCGGCUUGUAGAGGGCAUUGAGGUUCCUGUUCUGAAGCUGAAGGAGGGCGAGGGUCUGUUCCGGGCGCAGAAUAUUGAGUUGGGGACGUCGGUGGUUAUCUUGCUUGGGUUCUUGUGGGUGCUUUGGCGGCUAGUUCAGGUUGCGUUGUCACGGUCUGGGCAGGACCGAGAGCAGCGACAUGAGAAGAAGGAAUGA